AUGAAGUCAAUCUAUACACUUGUCCCCUUUUUCUGUGUCGCUGGUGCGACGUCCCUCAACUACUGCCCCUUUUUAGGUGCAGUAUACCCUUCCCCAAAGACCCUCUGCAACGACACAGCGUUUCAGACAGUUAAGCACAACAUAUCUCUUUCUCUCGACGCGAUUAUUUCCGGAAACUCGUCUCUUCUGGGUUCCACCUACGUCAGCAACACAACCUCGCUUUCGGUGCAGAUCUGGUCGACAAGCAACACUGAACCCGAGUUUGAGUACUAUUAUACCUCUCCAUUGACCAAGAAUGCCACGACUGGUGUGACCGAAGUCGAUGAAGAUACCGUUUUCCGAAUCGGCAGUGCCUCUAAACUAUGGACUGUGCUUUUACUAUUGAUUGAAAAGGGCGAUGCAAUCCUGUCUGACCGUGUUGUGAAAUGGGUGCCUGAGCUUGCAGACGCGGCCAGAGAGAUUGGCGAUGAUUUCAAUAGGAUUAACCAUCUGGAUUGGAGCGAAGUGACGCUUUUUGAGUUGGCAAGUCAGCUAUCGGGGAUCGCCCGCGACUAUGCAUUCGGAGAUCUCAUCACCCUGGGGCUUGACCUCACGCAAGAUGGCUUCCCUCAGGUCUCAGAAGUCCCCCCAUGUGGUACUCUUGCGGCAGGUGCUUGUAACAGAACCCAGUACCUACAAGGUAUUCUGCAGGCACACCCAACUUUCCCCACGGCAUAUGCGCCCAGCUACUCCAACGCCAACUUUCAGAUUCUCGCUUAUGCCUUGGAGGCGAUGACCAACGAGACCUACGACACGUUGCUCAGCAGGGACCUCGUCAAACCUCUUGGUUUGGAACAUCUCACAAGCACGGCUCCAGCGGACAAGUACGGUAUUAUUCCAUGGGACGCUAUCACCAGCUAUUGGGCACUAAAUACUGGCGACGAAGCACCUGCCGGUGGCCUCUACGCAUCAACCAAGGAUAUGGUAAAACUCGGCCGAGCCGUUCUCAACAGUACCCUACUCUCACCGGCAAUGACGCGAAGAUGGAUGAAGCCGGCAACGCAUACGGGCUCGCUGACCGCGUCCGUUGGGGCGCCCUGGGAGAUCUACACCAUUCCUACCUCGCGCGCGGUCGACGUGUAUACCAAGUCAGGCGACCUGGGCAGCUACUCGAGCAUGACGGCACUCUCCCCAGACCAUGGGGUGGGUUUCACAAUUAUUGCUGCUGGGAACGACACCACGGCUGUAGUGCAGACGCUCACGCAGGCGAUGAUGGAAAUGCUGGUGCCGGCGUUGGAUGCAGCGGCCAAGGAGGAAGCAGUUGUGCGGUUCACCGGUACUUAUGCACACCAUGGCAGCAACAACAAACCCAAUUCUUCAAUCAGCAUCACAACUGAUGGCGGCCCGGGACUCAGGGUUGAAGACUGGGUCAAUGACUCGGUUGAUAUGAUUGCCACUAUCGAGGCGCUCACGGGCUAUACGUCAACGCCGUCUGUGCGACUGUAUCCUACGGGAUUGGAGAGUUCGGGGCAGGUUUCAUUCAUUGCCAUAAUCCAGCAGCUUGAGAAUAUGUCGUCGUCGAGCGAUGUUCCGUGCACGACUUGGUUUCAGGUAGACUCGCAGGUGUAUGGGAAUGUCGGGGUAGAUGAGUUUUUGUUUGAGGUGGAUGGCCGGGGAGAUGCUGUUGGGCUGUCGCCGCGGGCGUUGCGGACUGUGCUUCCACGAGUUUCGAAGAUUUAG